AUGAAAUACAGUAGUAUUGAGACCAAGGUUGCCUACACCAGAGUUCCCCAAGCUUUCUGGGCUGCUGCCGAGUCAGCGGAGGCGCAGACGAUCCGGUCCGUCCAGCAGACUCUGGCUUCCACGAAUUUGUCUUCUUCCUUGCUUCUGAACAGCCCUCUUUCGCAACACGCUACCGUCGUCACCUCCCCACAGACUCUCCAGCAGCCCCUCCCUAGGGCCAUUGCCCCUAAGCCUUUAACCAUGCGGCUGCCCGGGAACCCCACCGUCUCCUCCGGCGGCCCCACAAACAUUUCCCCCUCGCUGAUCAGCUCCAUGACGACCAGCAUGGCCCCCACGCCGUCCUCGGCUCCCUCUCAAGUCAGCCCUUCCUUGCAGAGCCAGCAGCAGCACCAGCACCAGCUGCAGCAUCUCCAGCAGCUGCAGCUGCAGCAGCAGCAAAUGCAGCAGCAGCAGCUGCACCAGCAGCAGCUGCACCAGCAGAUCCAGCAGCAGAUGCAGCAGCAGCAUUUCCAGCACCACAUGCAGCAGCAGCUACAGCACCUCCAGCUCCAGCAGUUUCAACAGAUGCAGAUGCAACAGAUGCAGCAGCAGCAGCAGCAGCACCCGCCGCAGCCCUCCCCCCAGCAACUUUCCCCGGCUUCCUCGCAGAUGACCUCGCCGAUAGCGGCCAUCGGCAGCCCGCCCCCCGCCAGCCAGCCGCACCCGUCCCAAAUACAAGGCCAGACGCAGACUCAGCUCUUAUCGCAGGCGGGUAUUUUCUGAAGAGCCGCCAAGUCGGCCUGGGCUUUGCAUCCUGGCGGGAGCAGCGCUGCGGAUCGGGCAGAAACGGCGCAGGGCUGGGGAAGAGUUUAUGCAGGAAUGCAUAACGCAUAAAAGAGACUUUAAGCUGUCUAUUAGAUAGGCAAUAAAAGAACUACAGUGUAGCUGGGUAUAAUCCUUUAGCUGAAUUAUAAAUAUUUGUUUUCCAGGGUUCCCGUCCCUUUUCCCUUCCUCCUCCUCCCUUCUUCCCC